AUGAAGAAAGGUGAGGAGCAAGAGGCAGGGAAGAAGGAGUUUAUUGAAGCACUCAAGAUUCUUGAAACUGAGCUUGGAGACAAACCAUACUUUGGUGGAGAUAGCUUUGGCUAUGUAGACAUUUCCUUGAUUACAUUCUACAGUUGGUUCCAAGCAUACGAGAAGUUUGGUAACAUCAACAUCGAAUCAGAGAGUCCCAAACUAGUCGCUUGGGGAAAGAGGUGCAUGGAGAAAGAGAGUGUGUCUAAAUCUCUCCCUGACUCUGAGAAGAUUGUUGGAUACGUUGCUGAGUUUAGGAAGAACAAUCUCGGAUCUGAGUGA